UCUUCUUGCACUUUUUGCAAAAUACCCCUUGAACUCGGGUUGUUUUAUUUGGUGCAACAUUCCCGGCGAUGAUGCAGGUGACUUUGCAGGCUGGAGUUUGCAAUUAGCGAAUCUGCCCUACAUACAUAUGUACAUACAUGCACAGAACCCAGUACGCGUACGGAGUACUCUCUCCGCUGCACACAAUAUACGCGGGCUGCGGGGCGCUCAGCUGCCCCGCCCCUCCAUGCGAGCGUGACGCAACCGUGUCCAUGGUAAUGGAUUGGAGGGUUCUCAUUCAGCGAGGAUGAGAGAUCAUCUGCACGCACACAAGAAAACAACCAGGAGCUUGCCUGAGCCUGAAUUUUUCAUCACGCAAACCCCCCCGCGUAAUGCGCUGACACAUACGGACGUCCCGAGAUCACUGCAACAUCGCAUCGCCAAUACCAUGAUCGAUCCGGCCAUCCGCAUCCGCCGGGCCAUCCACGCCAACGACGCGAUGCUCGUGCGGCGCAUCCUCAAGUCGCACCCCCACCUCCUCCACAACCCGGACCACUCGCCGGCGGGCAACGCCAACUCGAACCUGCACCUGGCCGCGUCGCUCGGCCACCUAGCCAUCUGCGAGCUCCUGGUCGAGCUCGGCCACGAGGCCGAAGGGCCCGCCCUCAACGACGACCACCAGACGGCGCUGAUGCUGGCGGCCGCGGGCAAGCACACGGACGUGGUCUUCUUCCUCUGCAAGCACGACCCGGGCUCGAUCCUGCGCCAGGACGUGCGGGGCCGCGACGCCAUCAUGGAGGCCAGCCUGUCCGGGGACGACACGGCCCUGCAGAUCCUGCUGACCUACGCCCCCGGGGGCGCCGCCGCCGCGCUCGCCCGGGCCGACGUCGACGGCAACACGGCCCUGCACUACGCCAGCAGCACCGGCAACGUCACCAUCCUGCGCACCCUCCUCGCCGCCGGCGCCGACCCGGCCCGCAAGAACGCCUGGGACUGGACGGCCGAGGCCUACAGCGCCACCGUCCAGACCGAGGUCUACUUCCGCAGCCUGGUCGACGAGAAGGACAACCGGAAGGAGGGUGUCAAGCGCGAGGGCAAAGUGGUCAAGCCGGCGGCGACAUGGUGGGGCGGCGGCUGGAAUUGAGCGACUAUUUUAUUAAUCUUUAUUGUGU